GACAAAAUGAGUGCAGUAGUUGCAGCUUAUUCCACCAUCGCUUUCACUCAUAUGGGAAUAGAAUUAAUCAUAUCGGGCAUCGUUACUAUUGCUCUUCAUUACGGUAUUGGUUCCAAUCCAAUCUUGGCUUCUGUUGUAUACGCUGGCACACAAACUGUAAUUUAUCAUUAUCCAGUAUGGGGAGGCGUUUUUGCAAUUUUAGUAGGAAUUGUCGGCAUUAUUGUGGGUUCAGCGGUCCAAAGAACAUCGAAUUCGGUCAAAGGCGUUACAUUUGUUGGAUUGGUUGGCUUUAUUACACAAUUUAUUGCCUUCUGCUUUGGAUGCAACAGCAUUUCAACCAGCGUUACUUAUCUUCAAACUAUUGGUCAACUUAACCCUUUGUACAACUUUGUCCCAAUAAUCUUUUCCGUCAUCUAUAUGUUAAUAUUUCUCGCAAAUUUUGCAGUAUGCAUACGCUUUAUGACACUUGGCAGAGCUAUCAUAAAGGGUACUGCUACAGUUAUUGUCCAGCCGGCACAAACUACCGUCGUUAUUCAGCAAACAACUACAACGACAGUUCCCCAACAACCUCCUGGCUAUGAUGCUGCCAAUAUGGGCCAACCAGUGCAAGCCGCACAACCAGCUAUGGUAACGGGUGUUAAAGCAUAA